AUGGAAACAACGCAAAACACUUUUGAAGUUUCAGCUACUUUAUCAAGUCGCGAAACAAAUAAUAUUAUCUACUUUCCAGACUUGGUAAAUCCUCCCUUAACAAAUACCUUUAUUGAUAAAACGGUUGAUAUGGAUAUAGAUUACCCUUUUGAAGAUGAAAAUGCUUUAGAAGAAUUUAUUAUAGCUGAAACUCAAGGAUUUUUGGUCAAGUUAGAACGCGAACUACGUCCAAGACCUCAAUUUUAUGCUUUGACCAGACCGGGAACUCAUCCAGGUUUUUAUGGUGCUGGCAGGGCUGAAACAUCGGAUCCAAUUAUUGAAUAUAUUAAAAGUAAUAAUUGUAGUCCAUUUAAAGAAGAUGAGAAGAAUGAUGAAGUUACUAUUGAAGUAAAAAAAACACCUCAAAAACAAACAAUUAGAAAGAAAAGUUUAUCUACAGAAUCACCUUUAGGGAAGAAAAUAAGUACUAAUUCCGAAGCUGAAGGAGAAGAAGUAUCAUCAAAAUUGUCGGAAGAAAUCAACACGGAAAAUAAACGCGACGUUAAAAAAGGUUCUGGAAACAAUAGAGGUCGACCGAAAGGUUCUUUGAAUAAAAAUAAAAAGAACUUGCCUACAAAGAAACAAAAUUCUCGGAAAAGUGAAGUUGAUACUUCAUUUUCCACCUCUAGUUUGAAUUCAAUGUCACCAAAUGAUUCUCCAACACCGAAAAAGCGCAAAUAUAAUCGUGUCAGCGAAUCAUCUAAAAAAUCAAAUACGUCACCUUCAGUGACACCCGCAAGCGAAGGUGGGUUAGAGAUGAUAUUGAACAUGGACCAUUUUGUUGUUAAUAAUACUACAGCUACGAUGACUUCUGUUAUGGCCACGCCCUGA